ACUUCAAAGUAUUUGAAAGAGCAAUAUUCAUCUGAUAAUCUAAAAAGUUGGCUCAGCAUGCUUAAUUCACGCAAACUUUAUGUUUUCUGUUACUUUCACUUCCAGACUCAGAAUUGUUGGAAAGAUAUGCAGGUAUCCAAGGCUAAGCCGCUUUUAUUUGCCUUGAAAAGCAGAGCCCCUAGAAACUUCUCCAAAUGUUUGUGUCACCACCAUUAUGCGGGUGAAAAGAAAACUCUCCGAGGGGGCAGUUAUCUACCAAGAGUAACUUAUGGAAAACCUAUGCCGCCUCUUACCUUUUCAGUGAUAAACACAAUUCAGAGACAGCUCUGCGCAGGUUCAUCAGGAAGAGGAGGACAGGAAUCACAAGAUCCACCUCAACACCAAGGUCACGGCGAUGACCCCAAAUCCUCUGAAGUAUCUGCAGACAAUGGCAGCCCUAAAAGUGCGCUGGACUUUCAGGAGGUUGAGUCCAGACAGGAGGGGCUUCUAGAUGAGGAGAUUGAGGACUUCUAUCAUGAGGAAGAGGAGGACCAGGAGGAAACAGAAUGGGUGCCUCCUGUCAGCCUUACAAGUAAGAAAUACAAGCAAAGAAAGCAUGAAUCGGACCCAUUUCUUCUCAUUUCUGGAGCAUCAGAUCCAAAAUCAGAAUGGCUAGCCAUGGACAUAGGAAAUGCCUUUCUACAUGUAAUGAUGCCAGACACUCGCCAGAGAUAUGACCUGGAAGGCUUGUGGAUGCCGGGGGAGGGUAGGGCAGAUCAGGACGGGGGUGAGGGGGAGGAGGAGACAGGAGAGUUUGACUGGAUCAAGGAGUUCAGGCUCCAGAGAGAAACAGUCCAUAAUUAAUGGAUCUUUUUAUGAUGAAAGCAAAACAU